GUCACUUCCUCCCUUCUCUCUCGCUUCCAUCUUGCUCCCCGCAUGUGUCUGCUGUUAGUUUACAGGUCAGUGAGGAGCUUUAAAUUCAUUCUUCCCUGCACUGUUGCCCCCUGAUCCGACGGCAAGAGAUGAAAGAAGCAAUUAUGAAUCAAGAAAAACUUGCUAAAUUACAAGCGCAAGUCCGUAUCGGCGGAAAGGGUAGUGCUCGCAGAAAGAAGAAGGUUGUACACAGAACCGCAACUGCAGAUGACAAGAAGCUCCAGUUCUCCUUAAAGAAACUCGGUGUGAACAAUAUCUCUGGUAUCGAAGAGGUUAACAUGUUUACAAAUCAAGGAACAGUCAUCCACUUCAACAAUCCCAAAGUCCAGGCUUCCCUGGCAGCCAACACCUUCACCAUCACUGGCCACGCUGAGACCAAGCAGCUGACCGAGAUGCUGCCUGGCAUCCUGAACCAGUUGGGAGCCGACAGCCUGACGAGCCUCAGGAGACUCGCAGAGGCCCUGCCCAAACAGGCUGCAGAUGGAAAAGCGCCGAUUGCAGCAGUAGAAGAGGAAGAUGAUGAUGUUCCAGAUCUGGUGGAGAAUUUCGAUGAAGCGUCCAAGGAUGAGGCCAACUAGAGGAAAUGGGAAGUGUCAGAACUUGACAGCACCAUGUGGAGCAUGAAAUGUUAAGCGGUGGAAAGUUAACAGUUAAAACGAGAGGUUGAGUAAUGUGGCAACUUUUUGGCUGUGAGCAUUCUGUAAUGUGUGAAACACCUGAGCAAAUUACGUACAAACUCUUAAGUGGAUUUAUGUUUUUUUAAGUACAUUUGUAGAGUGGUACUCUGAUUUAUUAUAACUGGUGUAGCAGUAUUUUGGUGUAUUUGAAUACUCAUUCCACCUCUUCUUUGCCACAAGAUGUUCCAGAUACUUGUGCUUUGGUCUUUAUGUCCAGUUAGAGAGAUUGUGUAAAAUGUGUUGCUCCAGGCCCCUGCUGUACAUCUGUUUCCUCUGUUACUGAACCUUAAUUUUGUGGCCUCCCUAAAACCACCAUAUCUGGAAUAAACCUUUGCUACUGUCA